AUGCCUAGCUAUGCGAAAUUUAUAAAAGAAAUACUCACAAAUAAGAAGAAGCUGGAAGAUUUGGGGACAGUGAUGCUUAAUGAAGAAUGCAGUGUCAUCUUACAGAAUAAGCUACCACCUAAACUAAAGGACCCAGGAAGUUUUACUAUCCCUUGCACUAUUGGUAACAUGAAAUUUGAUAAAGCUCUCUAUGAUUUAAGUGCUAGUAUUAACCUCAUGCCUUAUUCUAUUUUCAGGAAAUUAAACUUAGGAGAGGCGAAGGCAACAUCGAUCUCAUUGCAGUUGGCAGACAGUGCUAUCAAGUAUCCUACAGAAUCAGAUAGUUGUUUGCGCAUUGAUAUGGUGGAUUUGACUGUGGAAGAGACUUUCAUUCUUGAGCAUCCUCAAGACCACUUGGAGAAUCUUCUUGUGUACUCACGAGAUAAAACAUCAACAGUUGAAGUGAUAAGUCAGAUCACUUACAUUAUGAAAUCUGCUCCACCCAUCAGGAGAAGACAGUUUGAGGAGCUUGGUUCAGGACCAAGUAAACCACUACCUUCUGUUCAGAAAGCACCAAUUCUUGAGCUCAAGCAAUUGCCAUCACAUCUGAGGUAUGCAUAUCUAGGAGAGUCGUCUACACUCCCAGUGAUUAUUGCAAAUGAGAUGACAGAGUUAAAAGAGCAGAGAUUACUCAGGGUCUUGAGGAAACACAAAAUAGCCAUUGGGUAG